AUGCAGGAAGAUGUUUACCAUGGGCCUAUUGCUUCCACAAUUGCUCUUCUUUCUGAUAUAUACUCAGAUGCGUCUUUUUUUUGUGGAAAAAAAGUACGACUUUUAGGAUGUAUUUCAAAUUAUGACCCAGCAUCAGCAAGGAUUCUUAUUUUUCAUUCAGCAUGUGCAAUUGAAGUUGAUAUUUCGCUUCUUAUUUCUAAUUUACGAUUUAAUAUUGGAGACUGGGUUUUUGUUAUAGGAAUAAUUGAUCAAGUAUCUAUUAAUAUGUCAUGGAAAGAUUUUUCUUGUUCAAGAUAUUUUCGUAUAAUAGAAGGCUAUAUUUUAAGAGCAAUUAUUUUCUGGAAUGCUGGAAAUAUUGAUAUUGAUAAAUAUGAAAAAGUUGUAAAAAAAAGAUUGGAAAGUUAG